UGACACGGUAAAUUUUUCGGAGGGGGGGUAGAUCUGAUCUGCUGGGUUUGUGGGAAGGGGCAUAUAAGGAGCUGAGGCCUCCCUCUGAGUGCAUAUCGUAGGCAGCUUCCCUCUGCAUACAAGAGGCUGCCUCCCAUUUCUCUUCUCUGUCGGUGUUCUCCUCAAGAUCUGUCUUAAGUUCUUGAGAUCUGUUUCAGAACUAAGCUGAGAAGAUGGUGAAGAUCUGCUGCAUUGGAGCUGGCUAUGUCGGCGGCCCAACCAUGGCCGUCAUUGCCCUCAAAUGCCCAGCAAUCGAGGUGGUGGUUGUUGACAUUUCCAAGCCUCGCAUUGAUGCCUGGAACAGCGAACAGCUCCCGAUCUACGAGCCUGGCCUCGAUGAGGUCGUGAAGGAGUGCAGAGGCAGGAACCUCUUCUUCAGCACUGAUGUGGAGAAGCAUGUCGCCGAGGCGAACAUCAUCUUUGUAUCUGUCAACACCCCCACCAAGACCCGUGGUCUUGGAGCAGGCAAGGCUGCUGACCUCACCUACUGGGAAAGUGCUGCUCGGAUGAUUGCUGAUGUCUCCAAGUCUGACAAGAUCGUUGUUGAGAAGUCCACUGUCCCUGUCAAGACUGCAGAGGCCAUUGAGAAGAUCUUGACCCACAACAGCAAGGGCAUCAACUACCAGAUCCUCUCAAACCCGGAGUUCCUCGCGGAGGGCACUGCGAUCGAAGAUCUGUUCAAGCCUGACAGAGUGCUCAUUGGUGGCCGGGAGACCCCUGAGGGCAAGAAGGCUGUUCAGGCUCUCAAGGAGGUGUACGCCCACUGGGUUCCUGAGGACAGGAUUAUCACCACCAACCUGUGGUCCGCUGAGCUCUCCAAGCUCGCAGCCAACGCGUUCUUGGCACAGAGGAUCUCCUCUGUGAAUGCCAUCUCCGCCCUAUGCGAGGCGACUGGUGCCAAUGUGGCCGAGGUUGCUUACUCUGUGGGAAAGGACUCCAGGAUUGGCCCCAAGUUCCUGAACGCCAGUGUUGGCUUUGGUGGAUCCUGUUUCCAGAAGGACAUCCUGAACCUUGUGUACAUCUGCGAGUGCAAUGGCCUUCCCGAGGUGGCCAACUACUGGAAGCAGGUCAUCAAGAUCAACGACUACCAGAAGAGCCGGUUUGUCAACCGCGUUGUGUCCUCCAUGUUCAACACAGUCUCCGGCAAGAAGAUCGCCGUCCUUGGCUUUGCGUUCAAGAAGGACACCGGUGACACCAGGGAGACACCAGCCAUUGAUGUGUGCCACGGUCUGUUGGGUGACAAGGCACAGAUCAGCAUCUACGAUCCACAGGUCACCGAGGACCAGAUCCAGCGGGACCUCGCCAUGAGCAAGUUCGACUGGGACCACCCGAUGCACCUGCAGCCGACCAGCCCCACUGCAUUCAAGCAGGUGAGCGUGGUGUGGGAUGCAUAUGAGGCCACCAAGGGGGCCCAUGGUGUCUGCAUCCUCACCGAGUGGGACGAGUUCAAGACCUUGGACUACCAGAAGAUCUUUGACAACAUGCAGAAGCCUGCAUUCGUCUUUGAUGGGCGCAAUGUGGUCGAUGCCGAGAAGCUCAGGGAGAUUGGGUUCAUCGUCUACUCCAUCGGCAAGCCGCUUGAUGCCUGGCUCAAGGACAUGCCCGCGGUUGCAUAAUAAUUUUCCAUAUUCCACACCUGAACCUCAUAGCUCUCUACACUCUGCUGGUGCUGAAGAGAGUCUGCGUCGAAGAGGAAUUUGGUUGACCAUCAUUUUUUAUAGCUCGUUGUUCGUCUUUACAUACAGGAGAGGCUACCAUUUUGUCAAACAGAAAGUUGAUUUCUGUUAGUAUCUUUGUUCAAGUUUUUCUUGUGUUGCACCAUUGUAGAUCUGAAAUCUUCAGGCCUCUACCGUUUGAGUGCCACCCUCAAUCUUGUAUGAUGACAUGAAUUCUUAUAGCCGAUUUAUUCUUCAAAUGUAUUCUUGUGUCGCUAAAGAUUAAUGAUGCAAUUUUUUCUUGGCCAAACUGCA